CCUUGGUCGGGAAUGCAUACUCUCCACCUCUUACUGUUUUUGACAUGCUGGUUGGUGGACUCGACGAGUUCGUUGAAAUCCGCUGUAUGUCCGGAGCUGCUGCCACACGGGGCCAAUGUGAACGUGGGAGUAAUCAUCGAUGAGAGUACGAGAAUCGGGAAAGAGCAGAAGAUAGCCAUGGAAAUGGCUGCCAAAGAUUUGAGCCAUUGUUUGAACUUGGUUUUGCACAUCAAAGAUUUACAUGGUAAUUCAGCUCUUGCUGCUUCUGCUGCACUGGAUCUCAUAAACCACAAACACAUCAACACGAUCAUUGGAACCCUAACCCCUGAACAAGCCUCACUCCUCUCCCACCUCAAAACCCCACCACCCAUCAUCUCCCUCUCCCCAGCCGCCUCACCUCCACCGCAACCUCCCCCGUCCUUCAACCAGAUGACCCUCCCCGCGGUCCACCAAAUCCGAUGCAUCGCCUCCCUCAUCGCCCAUUUCCACUGGAAAAACCUCAUCUCCAUCUCCCAAGACCCAACCCUCUUCCUCCCCCUCUCCCACGCUCUCCACGCCCUCGACAUCUCCAUCGAGCCCCACACCACCACCGCCACAUCCAUCGAGAGCGAGCUAACAAAGAUGAUCGGCGCCACCAACUCGAGGAUCUUCGUCGUCAUGCAUUGCUCUCUCGAAUUCGCUGCGAUCUUGUUCGAGAGAGCUCGGGUUUUGGGAUUGAUGGAGAAGGGCUUCGUCUGGAUCGUCGCGGAGGAGAUCUCGAAUCUUCUAGAUUCCGCCGAUUCAUCGCUUUUACUCAACAUGGAAGGAGUUCUUGCUAUAAAAUCAGAUUAUUCAUCUAAUCACAACAAUCUCAAAGCGUUUAAAUCCAAAUUCAGAAGAAAAUUCGAAUCCAAUUUUCCAUCAGAAGAGAAUCCAACACCGAGCAUUUACGCACUCCGCGCCUACGACGCCAUCUUCGCCGGCGCCGGCGCCGGCGAAGAUUUCAAAGGCCUGAGUGGAAAAUUAAUCUUCAAAAACGGCUUCCUCUCGCAAAAUCCGGUUUUCCACAUUGUGAAUGUGAUCGGCAAGAGCUACAGAGAAGUGGCGGUGUGGUCGCCGGAGUUGGGCAUCUCCGGCGACAGAGGACUGAGCUCGAUCUUCUGGCCGGGCGGAGAGCGUACGGUUCCGAGAGGGUGGAGCUUGGGGAGCAGAGAGAGGCCGUUGAGGAUUGGGGUUCCGGCUAGAGGCGCGUUUAAUCAGUUCGUGAAGGUCAUGUACGAUACUGGCCGGAAUUCGGCUCGGAUCACCGGAUUUUCGAUCGAGGUUUUCGAAGCGGCGGUGAAGAAACUGCCGUAUGAUCUUCACUAUGUUUUAGUUCCCUAUUAUGGGUCCUAUGAUGAAAUGGUUGCCCAAGUUCACAACAAGAGCUUGGAUGCAGCAGUAGGUGACACAGAAAUAAUGGCAGAUCGGUACGUUUACGCCGAGUUUUCGCAGCCUUACAUAGAGUCGGGGCUGGUGAUGGUGGUGACGGCGAAACCCGGCCUUAAAGACUCCAAAUUCAUAGCUGUGUAUCCCUUCACCAAGAUGAUGUGGCUGAAGCUCGCUGCCAUCAGCACGGCCACCGGAUUCGUCAUCUGGUUCAGCGAAUUCGCCACCGGCAACGACCAAUUCACUUGCGACUCUAUUCCCCAAACCAUUUGCUCCAUUCUCUGGCUCUCAGUCACUAUAAUACCCUUGUCACAGAGAGAGAACAUCAAGAACUCAACAACAAAGCUAGUGCUGGCGGUGUGGAUAUGUGUGAUUUUCGUGGUCGGGACAAGUUUCACGGCUGUCCUGACCACGAUGAUGACCGUUCCGAGAUUGGAGCCAUCUGUGAGGGAGAUAGACUUUUUGAGGAAUUCCAAUGCAGCUGUAGGAUGCAAUGGCAAUUCCUUCAUCUGUCGUUAUCUUAUCAGUGUCCUAAAUUUCAACCCAAACAAUGUCAAGCCUGUCAACUCCAUUGAUGAGUAUCCACGACUUUUCGAUAAUGGCGAGAUCAAAGCCGCUUUCUUUGUCGCGCCACAUGCCAAGGUGUUCCUCGCCAAGUAUUGCAACGGCUACAUUGUAUCGGGGCCUAGUUUCAAACUAGGUGGCUUUGGAUUUGUAUUCCAAAAGGGGUCUCCAUUAGCAAUCGAUAUAUCAGAAGCAAUACUAAAAGUAUCACAGAGUGGACAUGUUGACACAUUGGAGCAGAACAUGCUCCAUCACUCCAACUGCACUUCGUCGUUGGCAUCCUCGCAGAAGGCGGCUGACGACAUAAGAUUAGGCCCCGGGCCUUUCUCUGGCUUGUUCUUCAUCCUAGGUUGCAUCCUAGGGUUGGCAUUCGUCGUUGCAGUCGUUCGUUUGGCGAGGGCGAGGUGGACCAGUGUUCGUGAUGCGGUGUGGGUUUCAAUGGUAGUGAUCAGAGAGUGUUGCGCAAGGUUUCGCCCUACAUGUUUCGGUGUUCGUCAUGAGCUGAAUUCGGGCCGUGCCAUAGAUGUUACAUCCUGUGAAAUACGCAAGUGACAAAGUAUCGACUGGUUGUGAUUUGUAUCUUUACAUCUAUGCCUAAGUGUGCUUGUAUAUAAUUUUUGUUUCAAGAUGUAAGAAAAUGAACGUUUUCUUGCUUUGGCGAAUGCAUAAUAUGCUCUCACCCUUA